AUGUAUUUCUCUUUUGAAAUAUUUCCAGCCUAUGUAUGGAAUGAACCUCCAAUGGUUCCCUAUAAAAUUCCAAUAAUUGGCCAUACAUUAGAUUAUUUAUUUAAUGUUGAUAAUUUUUUGGCCGAAUGUAAACAAAAAUACGGUGAUCCUUUCAAUAUAUAUGUAUUCGGUCAGGUGACUACUGUAGCCGGAAGCGAAGUUGCUCAUGAAGUUUAUACAAACAAUGCUUUUAGUUUGUUCGUCGCUACGCGAGAUGCAUUUCCUUUGUAUCGUGUUUUAAAAAGUUUUGAUGAUCUUGAAACGAUGGAACAAGUAAUCAAAACAAUACGUGAAGGAAUUACUCCGAAAUUAUCUUUAUACACUGGAAGAAUGCAAAAACAACUAUUAUUCUCUAUUAAUAAGGAAAUUGGAGAUUGUUCUGUCCCUAAAUUAAUAGCGAAUAAUAAUUUCUCAAUAAUAAUCGCUCGCCCAGUAGCUGAUAUCAUAGUUGGACAGGAAAUAUCAAAAAAUGAAGACGUGGUCAAAGCUUUUGCUGAUUUUACCAAGGAUUUUGGAUCAAUCCUCGAAAUACCUCCCAUCCUUUCAUUUAUUCAUCCAAAUCUCCAUGUCCAAGCUAUCACUUUACCACUUAGAUUUGGGUGGAAUCCAAUUAGGAAACAUUUGCUCACUUUAAAGAAACAUUUGAAACCUGAAUUAGAGAAAAGAUUGAAAGAGAAAAAAAUUCUUGGUAAUAAAUAUGAACCACCUAUGGAUAUAGUUCAAUGUUAUUUGAAUAAUCCUAAAUACGAAACAAAAGUUAUUACUGAUGAUUACUUAAAUAAAAUCUGUGAAUUUUUAUUUAUUAUUGUUGUUGCCUCUAUUCACACCACUACUCGUUAUACUACUUGUGCUCUUUAUGAUUUUGCAGGAAGACCAGAAUUAUGGGAUGAUAUUUAUGAAGAACAAGUAAGAAUUGAUAAAGAAAGUAAUGGAGAAUUAUCACUUCAACAUAUUAACAAAAUGGUGAAAUUGGAUACUCCCGUUCCUCACAAAUGUAUGGAAACAUAUACACUUAAAAAUGGAAUGACAAUUCCAAAAGAUCGUAUGGUUCAAGGUUAUUUAAAGGAUAUCCAUCACAAUACCUCAUUCCUUCCUUAUCAUGGUUUGGAAAAUAAUUUUCCCGCAUCAAAAACUGAUAAAGAUUAUCUUAUAUUCGGCACAGGAAAACAUGCUUGUCCUGGAAGAUUUUUUGCUGUAAAUGAAAUUAAAAUUCUUAUGCAUAAAUUAAUUUUAAAUUAUCACAUUAAAACUCCAAGUGGAAAGAUGGAGAAAAAAGGAUAUUAUGGACCUUUUGCUAUACUGCCAGAUACUGGAAUAACUUUCGAGAAUAGAAAAAAAUAG